AUGUUGCCGAGGUCUCUCUCUUUGCAAUUUCUAUGGUCACACCGACCCGCGGCCGUGAUCGUGAAAAAGAGUUUGUGCGCAUAUAAUCGUCUUCCGAAUUGGAAAAUGGCCACGAAUACCCUCCCCGUGCUGAAUCCCAACAACACAGCCCAGUACCUCCUUUCCCUCGAUCGCAACCCAGAUGUGUUUCUUCACUACUUUGGCGCCGGGCAGCUGUUUCAGCUCGUUCUUUCGGACGCGUUGAGGAAGCAUUUGCAGGAGGUAAGCAAAACGCCUGGGAAAGGACGGGACUCAAAGCAACCGGUGCUGUUUUCUUCUGACACCUCAUGGACGGGCUCCGAUGGGGGCUUCGACUUUGGAAAGGCAGCGUAUUUUGGGAAUCACGUUGACAUCGGCGGGUCUGGAGGAGGUAAAGGUAGUGCGACGACGAGUUCGCCUCCUACGGCUGGCGCCGAGGAAGCUGUCAUGACCGAAGCCAUUCAGGGCUUUCCCACUUGGACUCGAGGUUCCAGCGGAGAUGCACCACCUUCAGCUUCGACCAAUCGCGUUGCCGCCGCGGACAACCGUCUCGUGUUUCUCGGACGUGAGGUGCGGCAGGUUUGCAACCCAGAUCUGGAGGCGUCGUCGAGUACGGGGUUGGUCAUACAGCUUGUUUUAGCUCCGACGUACGAGACGGAGAUUCAGCAAGAAAGCACAGACGGACUGAAAGCCUAUCUAGAGCAAGAGCCCGCUGCCUGGACCGCGGAAGAAAUCGAAGAAAAUCAGCUCUUCGGAACAGCCGUGGAGCAACAGGGUUUCGACCCGGAUUGCGCCCCGGCCUCCCCUUUAGCGCCCAACGUCGCUGUCGUGAAAGUUUUGUCGGAUCGCAAGCAUCGGCAUUGGCGAGGAGAGGGCAUUUCAGGAGCGACUGCGACACCAAGUGAGUCGUCUGGUACUUGUCCCACUACGCGUCCUUACCCAGGUUUGUACCGAGAUUUUGGCUCAAAUGCUUACUCCAAGGCACACAGGUUUGUAUUGCGGUUGUAUGAUACAGAAGCAGAGUGGAAAAAGGCGCUAACGGAGGGCAAGGUGUUUGAGAAAUUUGGGGAUUACCCGAAAAAAAGACCGGAAACGCGAGAGAUUGUAUACCUGGAAGCUGAGGACGGCUGCAAGGGAACGCCAAGUCCUAUUUGACCAUGAUGGGCCGUGCAAAAUGAUUUACAUCAUGGUCAUCUUGAUGAUGUUUCGGUAGAACAUAGCUCCGAAACGCUUAUGCCUAGUGCUAAUACAGUACCGGCGAGCUUCAAUAUACCAUAGAAAGAAAGCAUAAAAGAAGUCCAUGGCAUGCUCGACGCCGACGUUGUGG